UUAACUUUUGGGGAGUUAUCCAAACUGAGUUUUUAAAAUAGGCUAUGAAACACACAUUGCAUGUAGCCUGAUUUCCAACCUUUCAAUACAUUUGCAAGUAAUUCAUUUUUGAGACAGUGACAUUACAAUACCUACACACAGUACCACACAGCAAUUGUAGAAAUAUAUGGGCAAAUAAGAUAAACAUAUAGAAAUAUAAGAAUUAUAGCAGCAAUGCAAGGAUAAGUUAGAUAAGGGUAUAGGCAUCAUUCAUUGGUCAAGUAUGAAGUUAGAAAUAUGGACAAAAUAAGAGACGGUAAACAGUAAUAGGAGUUGUAGCAGCAGAGCAAUGAUAAGUUUGGUAGGAUGAAGGUAUCAGCCAUUGCUCAAGUGUGAGACCACAGUCCAGUCAAGGGGAUGGAGGGAGGGGUUGUGCAUGUGGGCUAAUGUAGCCAGUAAAGAUAUUAUGCAUAGGAGUCCAACUCUCCUUUUCCCUUUAGUGAAGCAUUGUAGAGUUGUAUGGCCCUGGGUACAAAUGACUUCCUCAGUCUGUCCGUUGUGCAUGUCAGGGAGCUUAGUCUCCAACUGAUCAAGCUCUUCUGCUGUAGUGCUGUGGAGUGGAUGACAGUCGUUGAGUAGCUUGUUCCUUUUGCCUGAUAAAGUGAUGCACUCCUGUUCAGCUCCCACAACAGAGCCAGCUUUGAAACACUGCCUGUGAGUCUGUUUAUUGUUAAAUUGCUAUUCUCCCUAUGUACAGUAUGCUAUAGUCUAACCAACUUUUUGAAAUUGUUUACUGUUCAGUUGAUAACUGUAUUGUUUUUUUUUUUUGAUCUGAAUGUCGCUUUGAGCAAAGGUGUCUGCCAAAUAGCAUAACCACAACCAUAAUCAAUCAUCUCAAAUAACAUAUUCAAUAACACCUUCCCUGUGUUACUUUAUAGUGAAUUGUGAAGACAUGACUGAGGUUUUUCACAUUCUUUAGUGAAGAAGAAUUGUCUGUGAGAGACAAGAGUAAAUUUUACUUCAAAGUUGUGGUUUGUCAGCUUGUUAUUAGAACUCGCUGGGAUGACCUGUCAGCUGGCGUCUCAGUGUCUUCACUCGAAAGGGGAGGAGAUGUAGGCAACUAUUUAAGAGGCCAUUUAAACUGCCUGUUCAUAGAUAAGUUGUCAGCCUAGAGGAACAUCUCAGUCAACGAAUACUGUCAAGUAUACCCUUGUUUUUUUCUCUCAUAUUUGUUGGGAGAAAUGGCUAACAGUAAAUUUAAGCUUGGCUCCAUUGAAAACCCUGUGAAAUUUGAAGAUCAGGAUUAUAAAUCCCUGAGAGAUGCCUCCUUGAAGUCUGGUUCUCUCUUCUGCGACACCACGUUUCUUGCUGACCAGAGCUCCAUUGGAAUGCCCGAGGAUCCCAACCCUGACAACGAGGUGACAUGGUUGCGACCCAAGGAGAUCUGUGACAAUGCUGUGUUUGUGGAGGGCACUACUGGCACCACAGAUAUCUGCCAGGGCCAGCUGGGUAACUGCUGGCUCUUGGCAGCACUGUCUUGUCUCACCAUGCAUCCUAAGCUCUUUGCGAAGGUGGUUCCAUCCGAGCAGCGCUUGACUGAUGGAUAUGCUGGGAUCUUUCAUUUCCGCUUCUGGCAGUACGGGGAGUGGGUUGAGGUGGUGGUGGACGAUCGGCUGCCAGUGCGCGCAGGCCGCCUGCUCUUCAGCUACUCCCGCAGCAAAAACGAGUUCUGGAGUGCCCUGGUGGAGAAAGCCUACGCCAAGUUGAUGGGGUACUACAGCAGUCUGAAGGGUGGUAAUAUCUCAGAGGGCAUGGAGGACUUCACUGGAGGCAUUGCAUACUCACAGCUUGUGUCGGCCUACAAGCCUCCUGUGCUCUGGAGACAACUGACUGCUGCACUGUCCAGAGGGACCUUGCUGAGCUGCUUUAUACAGGCCAAGACUUGGCGUGAGAUUGGCACUGUCACUCCAGAGGGACUGGUGAGAGGUCACGCCUAUGCCAUCACUGACACAGACAAGGUGCUAAAAGACUCGACUGAAGUCCUGCUGGUGAGAUUGCGUAACCCAUGGGGUUUUGUGGAAUACCGUGGACCCUGGAGUGACAAGUGUAAGGACUGGGAGAAGAUUGACAAGGCUGAAAUUGAAAGACUGGAGCUUAAAAAAGUGGAGGAUGGGGAAUUCUGGAUUGCUGUGGAGGCGUUCAGCAGCUUCUUUGACCUGGUGGAGCUGUGCAGUGUGAAGCCAGACUCCCUGAGCAGCAGCACUGACCCCGCCGCCUCCUGGUCUCUCACCGAGUACGAAGGCUCCUGGGUCCCGGGCUGCUCUGCAGGAGGCAGCCGCAGAUAUAGACGGUCAUUUUGGAAAAACCCACACUUUCAGCUGUCGCUGACAGCAGCAGAUGUGGAGAAAGAGGAGGAUGAGGAGGAUGAGGAGGACGACGACGACGAAGACGAUGCGAAGGCUGGCGGUGCAGCGCUGAGCGCGGCGGCCCAGAAGCAGAAGGAGAAAGGGAAGAAGUGCACGCUGCUGGUGGAGCUGAUGCAGAGAGACCGCAGGAGCCAGCGCAAAGUCCGCUUCCUCUACAUCGCCUUCCACAUCUACAAGGUGGAGAACCAUGUGGGUAGUCUGAAUCAGGCGUUCUUCUCGUCCCGUAAACCCGUGGGGCGCUCGGGCAAGUACCAGGGCAUGCGGGGGGUGUAUAAGAGAGUGCUGCUGGAGCCGGGCAAUUAUGUCAUCGUGCCGUCCACCUACAGACCCAACCAGCCCGGCGACUUCUUCCUCCGCAUCUAUGCCAAGACUGGCAAUACGCUGGGACAUGAAGAGUUCACAUGCUCCACAAACUUCCUCAUGACCGUGAUGUCAAACCCACCUCUGCCUGAGGACCAAAUAAGAGUGGAUAACUGGUUCGAUCAGGAGGAUGCCUCUGACGACAGACUGGAUGCUGCAGCGUUCAUGAGGCUUGUGAACUCAGUUUUGGAGAAGGACUAUCAUCUUCCUCUGGAGACGUGCCGGCAGCUUGUUUUAGGACAAGAUACCAAAGGGAAGGCCAGGCUGGACCGCACACAGGCUCUCAAGCUCGUGACAUCACUGCGAAACCUACAAUCAACCUUUUUGGAACAUGAUGAGGACUCAUCUGGGACUAUGAGUCCCUUUGAGCUCACUGAGGCCCUGAAUGCAUCAGGUAUCGAGUGUGACAGUGAGGUGGUGAAGGUGCUUUGGGAACGCUUUGGCUCUGGGGAGAUCCACCUGCCCUUCCAUGGCUUUGUCUCAUGUGUCACCCGGCUGAGAGCACUCCAUGAACUAUAUGAGUCGGAGAGUCCUGAGCAGAAGAAGCAAGGGCUGAACACUUGGCUGCUGAGACUACUGGCUUUGUGAGGAUACUCCGGUUCCAGGAUAUUCAGCCUACAUAUGAUAUGAGGGAAUCUACAGUGCUUUAACGCAUGUGUCUCUUCGUUCUUCCUCUUCCUUUGUUGAGUCCACCCAAAACAAACAUUUAGGGCCAUACAUAUGAAGGGUCAGUUUUCUAAUCUACAGUAGCCUAAGUCUAAGCCAUAACUACUUGUUUAAGGAAUGAUGAUCUGCUCCUGUUCAGCCAAAGCAUGUUCAACAGCUAAACAUUCUGCUGUUAUGCUAUGAUUUCUGGUUUAAACAACAUGUUUGGUCACAAUGGGGGCAAAGGUGUGCAACAGACUUUUGAGGUAGUUUUAUCUUGUUUGGAGAGUGUGUCAAAGGUGCUGUCUUAUCAGCAUCCAUGUGUAUAAUAACAGCAGCAUGAAAAAGGCAUUGAGCACAACAUAUCUACCUACAGUCAUUUACCGAUAACAGAUAAGAAUGAGAAGUUGAAAGGAAGAUGAAACCUACAUUUACAUGGAUUUAAUCAGGCUCAGGAUACAUUUAGAAAACAAAGCCAAUCUUAGAACAUUUGUGCCUUCAACUUAAAUGUUUAGAACAAACUACAUUGGAAAAAUGUAAACAUCCCUGAGGCUAAUUGUUUCUGAAUGUUUCUGCAGUUUAUACAAGUUUGCUCAAGAGAAAAUACAAGAACAUAGUUGGGAAUCGCCUGCCAUAUAAAUCUGCCAAUUUACAGUGAAGUCAUAUCCCUUCACAUUCCAAUUAAUAUUUUGCUGUCCUCUGAAACUAAUACGAUUCAUAAACAAAUAUGCAAAAUGAUACAAUAUCCAGUGUUCUUUUUGUUUUUUUUCACUGUGGCCAUGCUGUCUGAAUCUCAGUAGCAAUCUCUAUGCUAUGCCUACUCCAGCAAUUCCCAUAGCUCCCGACUCAAAGGCACACCCAUCCUUCAUUCACAAGACCAAUUAGUUGUGCUUUAUCUUCUCUCAGUUCCAGACAGCAAUAUGUUGGGUUAUGUGCUGUUAGUAUUCCUCACUAUGAGGUACAUUUAGUCUCUUUGUGUUUGGUUGUGCCUACUCCUCGUGAGUUCAUUUUUGUACCUUUCAAGCUUUGUGGAAUAAAUUGCACGAGCA